GGUCCCAAUUCAAAACCCUCGAAAUUUCAGAUUUCUCUAGAAGCUUCUUUUCAUUCUUCCGACCACAAUUUCCGAUUUCAAUUGCUCUUUUCGCACGAGCAUGAGUCAGUCUACACAAAUCGUCAAAUUCCUCUACAGUUACGGCGGUAGAAUCCUUCCUCGUCCCUCCGACGGCACACUCCGUUACAUCGGCGGUUUUACUAGAGUCCUUUCCGUUGAUAGAUCUAUUUCAUUUGCAGAGUUGAUGGUGAAGUUUGGAGAAUUGUAUGGAUCGUCUAUGCGUUUAAAAUGUAAGAUGCCGACAGAGGAUUUGGAUGUUUUGGUAUCGAUUACCUGUGACGAAGACCUGGCUAAUGUGAUUGAAGAGUACGAUCGAGUUUCAGCAAUGACGAAUACAGAGAUGAAGAUUAGGGCGUUAUUAUCUCCAAUAAAUUUGCCGAAAAAGGACUCUCGUCCGUCUUCGCCAAUGUCUUGCUUUGAUUUUGCUGCGUCGAGCUUGAAGCCCGGAAAAUUCGUCCAGUUCAAUUCGCCUCCGUCGUAUGCGGCGGCGCGUAGACUGUUCUCACCAGUUGUGGGUUACCCGACCGGGAGACGAACAGACGGCGAGGAGCUUUACUAUCCGUACUGUGGACAGGCAGGCGUCAAGCCUCUGUAUAACGUUGUUCCUAUCCAUUGCCAAUAGAAAAAAGAUACCCGAGAGGUAGAGGUAGUUACAGUAUUGCCGGAGAGUUGUUUACAUAGAUGAAACGAAUCUCCUUCCCACCCACAAAAAAGGGUCAGAUAAACAAAAUAUUCAUCAUCACAUCAAAUAACAAAAAGACUCAUUCAAUAUAAUAUUUUGAUGCUUGAUUCAAAUUGUAUAUUGCUUGAGAUUAUUGCUUAUUCAAUUGUGAGCUCGAUUUAGGAUUCGAGCUGAUAUAUUGUUAUCUAAAUUCUAUGAUUGGCGUUUUGUUGCUCUGGGUUGUCUAUAUGGCACAAUCCCUCCAUCGUUGAGCUUUACCCAUGGUGAGCAAGUGGUAAGAUCUGAGUACAUCUAUUAUAGUUAUUCACUUGUUCUUGUUUUCUUGAGUGUUAAAACUUAGAACGAAGGGUGAAGAUAUAUACUUCAUUUAUGUGAGGGCUUGAAAUAGAUUAUGGGGUUGUAAUCCAUAUUAUAAAUAUAUCUUCACCUCUCAUUAGAUGAUUUGAA